AUGGCCACCGCAACAGCAGACACUGCUGCGAAUGCUACCUCUAGCACGACCAAGACCCCGGCUCAGCUUAUGCAGGAGAAACAUGAGGCUGCAGAAACACAUCAUGUGACGGUCGAAGAUGUCGUCGAUGAAGACGACCUUGAACACCCUCCUCCUUCCCACCAUGCUGUAGAAGAGGCGGAAGAUACUACAACCCCAAGCAAUGGGGCUGCCAAUGUCCCUAUGUCUGCAAAGGCUGCGGGAAAGCAGAAGGCAGCUGACAAACCUCCGGUCCUUGAUACUCAGUCUGAAGAGGCUUUCCCAGCUUUGGGAGCUGCCACGAAAACUGCCACCACUGCGUCCGCAAGACAGCCCGGCUGGAUAGCCAGUGCUUCUGCCAAAGCUGCUCCAACAAAUGGUUCUCCAGCCUUGGGAUCUCGCCCGACCUCUUCCGGCGCUCUGACACCGAACUCGACCCCCGGUGCCGGGACUCCUGUCACCGCAUCCGGCCCGCGCAGUAACGUCGUCCUUCCUGGACGAUACCGUGACUCCUUUGAGAUUGACAACGCCGACCUGGACAAGAGCAAACCCCUAUCACGGGUCUUGAACGACGUCAAGAAGAAAUUCAAUGUUAUUGUCACUCCCAAGUCCACCAAUUUCGCGACCCGAACUGAAUUCAUUGCCGAAGGCCCCAAAGCCCGAGUCACCGAGGCUUUGAUGUACGUCUCCAAGGAACUGACGCUUGAGAAACAAGUCAAAUUGGAAAUACCAUCCACUGUCUCCGCUCAGAUCAUUGGCAAAGCGGGUGCGAAUAUCAAAAAGCUGGAAUCCCAAUUCAAUGUUCGUAUACAUAUUGAUCGUGAUACCAAACCUGUGACGAGCCCCGAAGAUGUGAAGACCGAUGUGGUCGAGAUCCGUGGAAAUGCUGCCCAAGUUCGACAAGUCUACGAGCAAAUCUCCAACCAGGUCAAGUCACUUCAGCCAAAGGUCGAUCUCCCCGUGCGUAAUAUUCCCCCGGAGUUCUACCCCUUCAUUGCAGGUCGACACGCGGAUCGCAUCCAAAAGCUGGAGCAAGACCGGGACGUUCGUAUCAACGUACCGCAGUAUCACACAUGGCAGCACCAACCGCCGCCACGACCUGCCGAAGCGGACCAGCCCCCUGCAUUUGUCCCUCACGGAGACAAUCACAUUGUCAUAUCUGGCGACCAAGCUGCUACGUUAGAAGCACGUUUGUUCCUUGAGCAGUUGGCUGAAGAACUCCAAAAAGAGCUACUACUCGAAGAGCUUGCCGCUGAACAGAUUUUACACCCAUAUAUUGUCGGCGAGCGUGGGAUGGACCCUCUGAAGUUCUUGGAGGAGACUGGCUGUGCUGUCAUUCUGCCACCACCGGAUCACGAGACGGAGGAUGUCCACAUCAUUGGCCCGAGAGAUAAGCUCGAAGCUGGUCGGAAUCUGGCCGAAGAACUCAUGUCUCGAAAGCACAAUCGAGCCGUCGAUAUGCACAAGCAUUUCAACGACGCCCCUCAAGGCCCGGAGCGUCACUCCAGAGCGCUUGCUCAGUACCUUCAGCAGAAGGCUAUCGAGCGCGAAUUCAUGAAGUCUCAUGGUGCCGAAAUCAUCUUCCCACCAAGCAGCAGUGCUUCCCCGAGCUGGACUGUCAUUAGCAACGACCCGCAGAAGGCACUGUCUGCACGCAACGAGCUUUCCAAAAUCACUCAAGCUUAUCCCUCGGCGAGGAUUCAGUUGGUCGAAGUCGAUCCUUUCUUCCAUCCUCAUCUCGAACAAAUGCAUGCUUCCAAUUUGAGGGAUAGUCUAGGUGUCCAUAUGAUCGUGCCUGAGGACGGCUCAGAUCCCGUCGUUCUCGUCUACGAGGGACCUUCACAGGAGCAGCCCUUCUCACUUCCUCGCAAUAAACCUAGCAAAGCUGAAAUCGCCAAUUUCGAGAAAGCUCUUCAAGAGGCACAAGCAUUGCUUCUUAGCAAUAUUCCUCAUCAAGGUAUCUCGGUCCAGGAUAUUCAAGUCCCAAAGAAAUUCCACGAUAAAGUCAAGAGAUUUGUGAACAAUGAGCCUAGGCCUAUGCCUCCGGAGGCCUUUCCGGUUCAAGUGGACUUUGGAGGUGCUAGAGGCGGUCCAAGACAAGCCAAUGGCGUCUCUAGAGGCUCGCCGUCCGAAAGAGUCUAUCUACGCGGUCCGAGCGAGGCUGAUAUCGCGGAACUCCGCCAGAAGAUCGAAGAAUUUCUAAGAGAGGCUGAAGAAGACGAGAAAGAGCGUGGAUAUACUACGACUUUUGCUUUCCCCGCGCAAUACAACAAGAACUUGAUCGGAAAGCAAGGUGCCAACAUCAAGGCCCUGCGUGAGAAACACGAUGUGGAGAUCGACACUCGCGAGGAUGGUCAAGUCACCAUCAAAGGUCCCGCCAAGAAGGCUGAGGCGUGCAAAGCGGAAAUUCAGCGGCUAGCCAAACAAUGGGAAGACGAAGUCAACUUCGCCAUCAAAAUCGAUCCCAAGUACCAUGGUAUGCUCGUAGGCCGGAACGGAGAGAAUCUGCAGAAAAUCCAAAGCAAGGUCGAUAAUGCGGUGCGAAUUGACUUCCCAAAGGUGCAGAAGUUCAGCGAUGACGCCUCUGUUGCUGACACCGCGAGCGAAGCUGGUGCUGGCCGGGGCCAUCCUCAUGAUGAGAUCAGAAUCCGAGGACCUCGAGCGAAGGCCGAGAAGGUCCGGGACGAGCUGCUGAGUCUCCACCAGUACUUGGUGGAUAACUCUCACAGUGCGACUGUCUCGGUGGCACAAGGGCAGAUUGCCUCUCUCAUUGGCAGGCGUGGUCAGGAGAUGGAGAAGCUUCGAGCCGAUACGGGAGCGCAAAUCGAUAUUCCAAAAGCUGACGGCUCUGAUCGUGUAACGAUCCAGAUCAAAGGUACCAAGCAGCAAGUCGAGAAGGCCAAACAAGAGCUAGAAAAACGCGCCAAGGCUUAUGAUAAUAUUGUUUCGCGCACUUUGAAGGUGGACAGAAAGCAUCACCCCGCUCUGAUCGGCGCUGGCGGCUCUCACAUCCAAAAUCUCGUCGCCAAAGCGGGCGGCACCGGCACUAGUGCCGAACACGUCCGAUUCCCUCGCCAAGGGGACGAGUCAGAUGAGCUCACUGUUAGGGGUACCGCCGACGUUGUUGAGAAGAUUCUCGCCGCCAUUCAAGCCUUCGUCGACACGCGAGAGAAUUCAACGACCGAGACAAUUGAUGUUCCCAUUAGCCAGCACCGUGCACUGAUUGGGCCAAAUGGUAGUAUUCGGAAGAAACUUGAAGAGGAAUUUGACGUGACUCUUAAUGUGCCUCGCGUAGGCACUGGACUCACUGGCGUCACCAUCACCGGCCGUCCGGAAAAUGUCUCGAAGGCCAAGGAGCGCGUCCAAGGCAUGACUUCGAAGCCUCAGGGCGAAACGAUUAUGGUUCCACGAUCUUUGCAUCACGUUAUUUCCAGAAACGGUGCUCUGUUCCGAGAGCUUUCUCGGGAUGGCAUUCGUGUCGAUCAUAAUGGACAGAGGCCGCCACCGAAGGGCGCUGCCAACCGUGGACCACCGACACGGACCACGAAUGGUGAUAUGCCACUGAUCACUGACCAGCCUGGGGAAGAGGCAUAUUCAUGGAACAUGGUCUCCAACCAGCAGGAAUUAGACGGUGAUUCGGGGGAGAUCCCAUGGGUGAUUCUGGCUGGGAAGGACGCCUCUGACGACGCAGUCGCCAAGGCCAAGGACAAGAUCAAAUCACUGCUCGAGAAGGCUGCCGAACCUCAACACACUGGCUUCCUUAUUCUCCCGGAUCCUCGACUCCACCGCCACAUCAUCGGGCAGGGCGGUAAGACCAUCAAUGCUAUUCGCCGAGAGUCCGGCUGUGACAUACAAGUCCCGAACAGAAAUUCUGGCAAGGGCGAAGAAGGAGAAGCCAUCACUAUUGUGGGCAAGGAAGAUGGUGUUCUGACUGCUCGGGAUAUGAUUCUCGAGGAGAUUAAGAAGGCCGAGGCUAUACGAAACUCGCCUAGGGGUGCUGGUCGUGCUUAG